CCAUCUUCCACCAAAAAAAUAAUAUUCUUUACCAAAGAAUCUACAGGGCCCCUAGAAGCCUAUUUCAUGUGGAAAGGAACGUGGGACUGAACUAGCAGAACUUCCUGCUAGGCCAUAGCCAGAAGGUAUAAACCAGAAAGGUCACCUACCUCUGCAAGAGAAAAGCUCCAUGGAUUAAUGGCGGAGAACUCACCUCAGUUUCCUCUCCAGGUUCUUAACAGGCAAUUCCCAUGAGUUGCAGAAGGAAGGGCACCCUAAUCCUUCCCAUAGGAAGAUACUUUUUGGCCAUCUGUGCCAUAGCAUCUCACCUUCGUCUUCUCAACUCUGCUUUUUCAGCUCAAUCAUGGUGCCCCCUUCCACCGAACAGAAGCUUAAACACAGAGUUCAAGCAGAGAAUAAACCGAUUCUGGGAGUUCGAAGAGAAGACAAACAGAUGGGUGGAGAUCAGUUUACCUUAUGAUCUGAUUUCGUGCACCAAUGGAAGCUGCAGCAAAGUUGGAUCGAUUAAGAAUUGGGGGGUAAAAACUGGAGGAAAUCCAGAAACGAUGAAUCAACAGAGGAAUAAGGGAAUAGAUUAUAGGAAAGAGAUGGAGGAGCGGUUUGAUCAGGUUUUGCCUGUAAGGAAGAGAUUAUCUAUAACUAGGAUGUCAGAAGCUUCAAUCUGGGUGACAGGGCUGAGUGGAUCAAUAUAUGAACGAUUAUGGAAUGGGUUAAGGUGGGUUGUUGCUCCCCAUGAGUUGCCAAUUUCAGCAGGAGCAGCAGUUUCAGUUUUUAUAAUCAAUCAAACUAUUCUUGCUCUGUCUGAAGCUGGGAUGCUUUAUCAGCUGCAAUUGAAUGAGAACUCUCAGCCUAUCUGGAGUGAAUUUGUUCUGAAAUUUGAACCAAGCAUUGAUGCUACAGAAGAAGAACCAAGCCUAACCAUGAGAAUCAAGACCGGCACGGUAUCCCAUGAUGGAGAGAGGUUGUUCUUGACGACAAUGGAUGGCUCGCUGCUAGAAAUCAUGGAGUUUCAGCCUUUGAGGUGGGAGAAUCAUGGACGACCUCCAGGCGGAGAUGUCUCUUCCCUGGCUGACAAUGGCAUCCUUAAACCAAGUGUUGUGUUCUCAGUAAGUUCCACCGGAGACCUGUAUGAAUUUGACAAGAAAACAAAGCCAUCAUGGAAAAAGCAUAUUUGGAGUGAAGCUUCUGCAGAAGCUGUUCCUUUGGCAGCCUCUAUUGGGUGUACUUUACAUGGCUUAGUGGGAACUCAUUCCCUCUCCUGCUUUCUUGAUUUACAGGAUGGCUUUCUAAUAGAGAGGCGUUUGCACAAAAGGAAAUGGAAAUGGAUGAUUCAUGGAGCACCUAAAGGUCAUCAGUUAAGUGCCAUCACAUUCAUCCAGCAAAAUUUCAUUACUGAAAAGAUGCUGUCAAUUUUCUUCACUACAAAUGACGGGUUCAUAUUUGAAUACCAGCUUCCUAAGUAUUCAGGUGUAAACAGGGAAGAUUAUAUUGAAGGAUUGUGGGUGAACCACAUGCAUCCACAACAUACAAAAAUUGCAAGGGCAGUGAGUGGAGCUCAACUUCAGCCAGGAAGGAUUAUAUUCCCACUAGAUGAUGGAAGAUUAGCAGAGCUGCAUUUAUCCGGAAUGGGCGGCGAAGGUGUAGGCCCAAUUCAUCAGAUCAAUAUAAGAAGAAAAGGAUCAUAUAAGUAUGAAUGGUCAAUCUUAGACACACCAGAAUCCGAAGGGUGGAAUGCGGAAUACUGCACUGAUGAACGUGGACUCUUAAACUGCCUUGCAGGAAUGAACGUCGCUCUUGCAGAUUACGAAGCAGAGGAGCUUGGCAUGGCUGCACCAGGAAGAAGAAUGCAGGCACCAACAAAUCAGCAUUAUUUAUCUUUGCCUAAUCGUGAAAGCAUGGGUACCAUCGAACAAAACAAUUUUCUAACUAAGAGUAUCAAAACUAACUUUCGCAUGAGAGUUAUGCAUCCAGAUAGAUCGUUUUUCCUUGUGUCGGAUAGCGGGCAGACUUUUGAGUACCUAUAUACUGAAAACAUUUGGCUGUGGUUAAGGCAUGAACACCCAACAAGCAUGAAUGGAGCAUUGGGAAGUUAUAAUGGAAGCUUGUUUUUGGUUGAUGUGUAUGGAAGUUUGCUUAUUAGGGAGAGAAUUGAAAACGAUCUUUUGUGGAUCAACUGUACAUCUAUGAAGAAAGGAAAACAAGUUGCAACAGGUCCUCCAUGGGAUGGCAUACCUGGAAAGGCUCGCAGAGUUUCAGCUGAAGAUGCUCUAUUCUUCAUAAAUAAAAGAGGGCGGUUACUGCAGUUUAUGGUUGCACUACGAAAAUUUAAGUGGAAAGACUGUCGAAGCCCUUCGAAUACCAGGAUCGCGUUCAUAGUAGAUCAAGAAGUCUUUAGGAUGAAUAUAAUUUUCGUUGUGGGUAGGAACGGACGACUUUAUCAAUACAACAAACUCACAGAAUUGUGGCAUGAACACUAUCAGUCUCCUCAUUUGGUGCUCUCAAGAUCCCCUGGAACAGCGAUGAGGCCAUCGUUAACAUCACUCGGUGGAUCCAUCUUCAUGAUAUUGGAAAAUGGUGGACUUGUCGAGUACCAUUGGAGCUCUACAUAUGGAUGGGAAUGGGUGGAACAUGGAACUCCUGAUAGAGGUGUUAGGCUAGUAGGAGCACUAGGCCCGUGUCUUGGUGACACUGAAUUGUUCGUAAUUGGGUCAAAUGGUUGUGUUUAUAGAAGACAUUUGGAUGAGAGGACUUGGAAAUGGACAAACUAUGGCUACCCCCAACUAGAAGAUCCAACAGUGGCAGCUAAAGUAGGAUCAAUCAAAGAACAAAUUUGUGCACCAGACGACCACCAAGCUCCGAAUGAGAAGGACGAUCACUAUGCAGAUAAUUUCAGGAAAUACUGCAAUGAGAAGGUUGCUGCAGUACGCCCAAUACCAUUUUCAGAGGAUUCGUUGGUCUUUGAAUUACAGGAUGCAAGGCUUGCAGAGCUGCGAAGAUCCGGCCAGGCAACAGCGGGAUGGGAAUGGAUACGGAUCAUUGGAACACCCACAAGCCUUUGCCUAGCGAAUUACUGGACAGCAGUGGCAUCCUAAAUCAAUGAAACAUAUGCAUACAUAAACCUACAGUAAAGUUCAAAUUUCUGAAAUACACCUAGAAACAAAGAGUAUCCGUAUUGUAGAGUAUAUAAUAUAUGAUGUAGUAAAUACCGGCAGUAUUUGUGAGCCUGGAUGUAGAAAUAUACACAAAUCAAUAAAGAAUGACAUUUACUGAACUGGCAGCAUCAUUCCUUGGCACUUUUGCGGAUGGAUACAGCCAACAUCAAAGCUACAUGUUAUCUCGGACUAAG